ACUCGGGGAUGGCGGGGACCAGUGGAGUUGCAGACUGAAAGCAGUUCUGCAGGAGUGUUAAAGCAGGACUUAACAAAGAGGGAUGCUCCACUGAACCUGACAGUCCAACAGGACAGAGAAGCUAGAGACCUGCAAACAUCUGGGGUAGCUUCUGACGGAUCUAUUCUCUGAAAGGCUGUGGUUUGAUCUGCACAGCAUAGUUUAAAUAAUACUUCAACUUUGCGGAAUACGUCCUAACCAGACCAAGGAGCAGUGCUUGGCUCUUUCUGCUCUGGAAUGGUGACCGGAAGCUGAGACUUUCCUCCUGAAAAUCUCCUACAACAUGCCUGUGAUGAAGGGCCUUCUUGCUCCACAAAACACCUUCYUGGACAGCAUCGCAAACCAUUUUGAUGGCACCCACAGUAACUUCCUCCUGGGAAAUGCUCAGGGCCGCUACGGUUACCCCAUUGUCUACUGCUCUGAUGGCUUCUGUGAACUGACCGGCUUCRUUCGAACAGAGGUGAUGCAGAAAACCUGCACCUGCAGCUUCCUUCACGGAGCCGAGACCAGCGACUCUGUGAUCCUGCAGGUCCACAAAGCUCUGGAGGGCCAGCAGGAGUACCAGGGAGAAGUCUGCUUCUACAGGAAGAAUGGAAAUCAGUUUUGGUGUCUCCUGGAUAUUGUUCCAAUUAAAAACGAGAAGGGGGAGGUGGUGCUGUUCCUGUUAUCCUUUAAAGAUGUCAGUGAAUCGUAUGAGAAAAACCGUCAUUACGUUCAAGAACAAGAUGUGCCAAAAGUUCUGAAAGAAAGCAGAAAAAGCAACCCGUCAUAUUUUAGCCGGGUUCGAGAAAGGGGGAGAACAACUGUGCACCACCUGAACAACCUGUUCACAAAGAGGGGAAAAGGGAAACUGACCAAUAGUAUGUUCCAGAAACCUUCCCCACCUGAGUACAAGGUGGCAUCAGUAAGGAAGUCACGUUUUAUCUUGCUGCACUACAGCAUCUCCAAGGCCUUGUGGGACUGGCUGAUUCUCCUGGCGACCUUCUACGUUGCCGUCACCGUGCCCUUCAACGUCUGCUUUGUCAGUCAAAACGAGGGGAGCGAUCGUCCUUCGCUYGUCAGUCGCAGCACCAUAUGGAGCGACGUAGCAGUGGAGAUGCUCUUCAUGCUCGAUAUUAUCCUGAAUUUUCGGACCACRUUUGUGAGCCAGUCAGGUCAGGUGGUGUACGACGCUCGAUCCAUUUACCUGCAUUACUGCACCACCUGGUUCUUUGUGGAUCUGAUUGCGGCGUUGCCCUUUGACCUCCUCUAUGCUUUUAACGUCACAGUGACCUCAUUAGUGCACCUGCUGAAGACGGUUCGCCUGCUGCGUUUGCUGCGCCUCUUGCAGAAACUUGACCGUUACUCCCAGUACAGCGCUGUGGUCCUCACUCUGCUCAUGUCUGUGUUUGCUCUGCUGGCUCACUGGAUGGCCUGUGUCUGGUACGUCAUCGGACGCAAGGAGAUAGAGAGCAGCGACCCCGUGACCUGGGACAUAGGCUGGCUGCAGGAAUUAGGAAAGCGCCUGGAGACGCCGUACAUCAACAGCACCACAGGUGGACCCUCCAUGCCCAGCGCCUACAUUGCCUCCCUCUACUUCACCCUCAGCAGUCUCACUAGUGUUGGUUUUGGUAACGUAUGUGCCAACACAGACGCAGAGAAAAUCUUCUCCAUCUGCAGUAUGCUCAUUGGGGCUCUGAUGCAUGCAGUGGUCUUUGGCAACGUGACGGCCAUCAUCCAGCGCAUGUACUCACGCCGCUCGCUCUACCACACCCGCAUGAAAGAUCUGAAAGACUUCAUUCGUGUGCAUCGACUGCCYCAGCAGCUGAAGCAGAGGAUGUUAGAGUACUUUCAGGCCACCUGGUCGGUCAACAACGGCAUCAACACCAAUGAGCUGCUGCACGACUUCCCCGAUGAGCUGCGUGCCGACAUCGCCAUGCAUCUGAACAAAGACAUCCUGCAACUGCCUGUGUUCGAGAGAGCCAGCAGAGGGUGUCUGCGUUCCCUCUCCCUGCACAUCAAAACCUCCUUCUGUGCGCCUGGAGAGUACCUCAUCCGCCACGGAGAUGCCCUGCACGCUAAUUAUUUUGUCUGCUCCGGCUCCCUCGAGGUCCUGAAAGAUGGGAUGGUCCAAGCCAUACUGGGUAAAGGUGACCUCAUCGGGGCAGACCUGCCGGAGAACGACCAGGUGAUCAAAACGAAUGCGGACGUGAAGGCUCUGACCUACUGCGACCUGCAGUACAUCAGUGUUAAGGCUCUGAGGGAAGUCCUCAGGCUGUACCCAGAGUACGGCAGUCGSUUCAGAUCUGACAUCCACCACAAUCUGACCUACAACCUGAGAGAGGGCAGCGAGGUUGAUGGAGUAAAAAGAUUUCCAUGGACUCCCAGGAAGUYGCUGGUAUGUUUGUAUCUGACUAUGAGAUGAGUUUUAUUUAACAAAUUCAGUGUGAAUACUUUUUCUCCUGUUCAUUUUUGCAGUUCUUCGCUGCUCAGACUCCACUGACUCCUUUAAAAGGGACAUAUCCUGCAAUAUCCACUUUUUUUUUUUUUAGAUUUUGUUGUACUUGUUGGAGACUCUAGGACUGGUAGAAAAGUUGAAUUUAGUUUCUCCUGGUGCUACAAAGAUAUCUUUAUAUUCUGU